CGGGGAAACCCUGGAAUAGCAGCAGCAAGAUGGAAUUGAAUGGAGAGAAAGCAUGCUGACUAACAAGCCAGAAUCCGUAACUUCAAAAUUGUGAUUUGUGUGGCCUGCAAAAUCUUUCCAAGGGACUCCAGAAGUGUUUAAACAGCCAUGGCACUCUUCACUCCAUGGAAAUUGUCCUCUCAGAAACUUGGCUUCUUUCUGGUAACUUUUGGCUUUAUUUGGGGAAUGAUGCUCCUGCAUUUUACUAUUCAACAGAAGACUCAGCAUGAAAGCAGUUCAGUGCUUCGUGAACAAAUACUGGAUCUCAGUAAAAGAUACAUAAAAGCAUUAGCAGAAGAGAAUAGAAAUGUAGUGGAUGGCCCUUACGUUGGGACAAUGACUGCAUAUGAUUUGAAGAAAACUCUUGCUGUCUUACUGGAUAACAUAUUGCAGCGUAUUGGGAAGCUUGAGUCUAAAGUUGAGAACCUCGUAAUCAAUGGCACAGGUGCAAAUUCCACAAAUAGUACCACCACUGCAAUUCCUAGUUCGGGAGCAGCUGAAAAGCUGAAUGUUGCAGAUCUCAUUAAUGGAGCCCAGGAACAGUGUGAAUUGCCUCCUAUGGAUGGUUUUCCUCACUGUGAGGGCAAAGUAAAAUGGAUGAAAGAUAUGUGGAGAUCUGAUCCUUGUUAUGCAAGUUACGGUGUUGACGGGUCCACAUGCUCAUUCUUUAUUUACCUCAGUGAGGUUGAAAAUUGGUGUCCUCGUUUACCCUGGAGAACAAAAAAUUCCAAUGAAGAAAUGGAUCAGAAGACAACAUUGAAGACUGAAAUCAGAACCAAUUUUGAUUUGCUGUACAAAAUAAUGUCGAGACAUGAAGAAUUCCGGUGGAUGGUGCUGCGAAUAAAAAGGAUGGCUGACACUUGGAUAGAAGCAAUAAAAUCACUUGCUGAGAAGCAAAACUUGGAGAAGAGAAAACGGAAAAAAGUCCUUGUUCAUCUGGGACUCCUCACAAAAGAAUCUGGAUUCAAGAUUGCAGAAAAUGCCUUCAGUGGUGGCCCACUUGGCGAACUAGUCCAGUGGAGUGAUUUAAUUACAUCUCUCUAUUUACUGGGCCACGACAUAAGGAUUUCAGCUUCCCUGGCAGAACUCAAGGAGAUUAUGAAGAAGGUAGUUGGUAACAGAUCUGGCUGUCCUACACAGGGGGAUAAAGUGGUGGAGCUUAUUUAUAUCGACAUUGUGGGACUCACUCAGUUUAAGAAAACUCUUGGGCCAUCCUGGAUUCAUUAUCAGUGUAUGUUACGGGUGCUGGAUUCCUUUGGGACCGAACCAGAAUUUAACCAUGCUCACUAUGCCCAGUCUAAAGGCCACAAAACACCAUGGGGGAAGUGGAACCUUAAUCCGCAGCAGUUUUAUACAAUGUUUCCUCAUACUCCAGAUAACAGUUUCCUUGGGUUUGUUGUGGAGCAGUAUCUGAAUUCCAGUGACAUCAAACACUUCAAUGUCAUUAAAAGGCAGGAUCAAUCACUUGUUUAUGGAAAAGUUGAUAACUUCUGGAAGGAUAAAAAGUCUUACUUGGAUGUCAUUCAUACCUAUACAGAAGUUCAUGGAACCGUCCACGGCACAAGCGCUGUCCACAUGCCCAGCUAUGUUAAGAACCACGGGAUUCUCAGUGGCCGAGAUUUGCAGUUCUUGCUGAGAGGAACAAAACUUUUUGUGGGCCUUGGCUUUCCAUAUGAGGGUCCUGCACCUUUGGAGGCUAUUGCAAAUGGAUGUGCAUUUUUGAACCCGAAGUUUAAUCCACCAAAAAGCAGCAAAAACACAGACUUCUUCAAAGGCAAGCCAACUCUUAGAGAGUUGACAUCUCAACAUCCCUAUGCUGAAGUCUACAUUGGGAAGCCUCAUGUUUGGACAGUAAAUAUCAAUGACCUUUCUGAAGUGGAACAGGCCCUGAAAGCAAUUUCGAGCCAAAAGAUCGAACCUUACUUGCCUUUUGAAUUCACGUGUGAAGGAAUGCUCCAGAGGAUGAAUGUGUUCAUUGAGAAACAGGAUUUCUGUCAUGGUCAAGUGAUGUGGCCUCCGUUGAGUGCUCUUCAAGUCAAAAUUGCUGAAACCGGAAAAUCGUGUAAACAGGUUUGUCAAGAAAACCAGCUCAUAUGUGAGCCAUCUUUUUUCCAGCACUUGAAUAAGGACAAAGAUCUCUUGAAAUACAACAUUCAGUGUCAUACCGUUGAGUCUGCAAAUGAUAUUCUGGUCCCAUCGUUUGAUGAAAAGAGAAAGCACUGUGUUUUCCAAGGCGAUCUUUUGUUGUUCAGCUGCGCAGGAUCUCAUCUAAACCAUAAAAGGAUCUGCCCUUGUAGGGACUAUCUUAAAGGACAAGUUGCACUAUGUAAAGACUGCCUAUAGCAGGAAGUUAAUGUGACUUUUCAAAGUGGCUUGGAGAGAGCCACACUGUGCACUUUGCUACUGCAGACAAAACGGUCGUGUCAGAGAGUAGAAAUCUGUCCUGAGAAAGGGCAGACGAGUGAUUUAAAUGUUUAGAGGAGGGAAAAAACAAUAACCCUCAACUCUUUUAUGUUUUCGUUUUUCGAAGUGAGCUACUUCCAGCCAGAGAAAUCUCUUUAUUCAAAGACGUGACAAAUCAAGUCCCAACUAAAGCUUGAGAUACAUUGAGGCUUCUUCCCCAGUGACUCCUCGUGAUGGACAGUUUGUCAGAUAGCACUGAACAAAAUAUCAACCUGAGAGGAUCGGAUAGUGCCGAAACGACUUAUCGUAGGUAUGUUAAAUGGUGGUGCUGUUCCCGUCAACAAGGCCAGGCAGCUGCUGAAUAGCAACAUCGGCUCUUGGUCACUUUCUGGCCUAUCCUAGCCUCAUUCAAUGGACUUUCUUCAGCAUCCCUGUUUGAGACAGCCAUUUAAGGGAACCCUCCAAACUAGGAUUGGUGACUGACAAACUGAUGGCUCCUUUAGGCUCUAUCAUGGGUUACGAUUGUGGCAGUAAUCAGAGUCUGAAGAGUCACAUAAACACCCAAUUUU